CAGAGCGGGAGAAACAACAUGAAACAGUGCGGGCCUCGGUGCUGAACUGGUCCUCUGCACUGCUGCUGAGCUGCUGAGAACUUUUACGCAUAGAAACAGGUCAAAGUCGGCCCAACUGAGACGAGCUGAGGCUGGACGCGGAGACUUGCCGGAGGGUGGACCACAGAGGCAUAAAGAGGUCUUCACAGGUCUUGCCCUGCGUGUUGAGCAUCUAUUUGUGCAAGUAUGAAUCCGGUGUGGAAAGUCUAUAAGAGCAAAGUGCUGAAGACUCUCAACCCUGAGUAUGAGGAGGACACUCCUGAAGAGGUCACAGAGGUGGAGAAUGAUGUGAGUCCCGUGCAGGAGGAUGAGGGGCCCAACGCUGUAUCCCAGCUGGCCAAGAAAAUGCAGGGGGCCGGGACUAAAAGCUGGAACAGACUAUCAUCUCUCUUCAACAAAGAAGAUGAACACCAGCUUCUAGAGGAGACUGAGAGCCCGCCAGUCGCCGACCAUCCACUUGCAAUAAAGCCGGAGGAGCCUCCUCGUCCCACUAAGCGCACAGCAAUCUGGGACAGCUUUGCGGCCAACUGGGCUGCCAAGAAGCAGACAGAAGCUGCAGCUGCUGCUGCUGCUGCUGCUGCUGCAGCAAACGAGGCAGCAGCGGGUCAGGGUGAGGAGGGGGUGACAGAGGCCGGAGGGGAGGAGAGCCAGGGUGGGCAGAUCCCUCAGGAAGAGGAGAGUGAAGGAGGAGGAGGACGGAGCAGCAACAACAGCUUCUCCAAAUACGUCGCUCUGGGAGGAGGGAGCGAGGACACGUCCUUCAAGUGGAACUUUGUCACCAGCAAGCUGGCAGAGCUGAAGACAAAGAGCAACUAGUAGCUGCUCGUGAUGAAGGAAUCUGGAGAGUAUAAACAAUAUGAUGAAGAGGUUGGGUGAAGGAAGUUUAUGGAGGAGGCUAUAUUAAACACAGGAUGUCCUGUAACUGAACUGUACAGCUAUUGUAGAAGUCCCCUUUUAUCUGAAUCUAAAUGUCCUUUUACAUCCACGUCACAAUAAACAAAAAAAAGUUAGAAUAAAGCAGGUUUUAAACCUUUACUUUACCCUUUUUUAGGCCCACAUACUCCCACCACACAAAUAGAGAACAGAUUAGAAAUAUGUUUUGUAUUUAAUCUUUAAAAGAAAGGACGAAUUACAAUAUGACCUGAAGAUACUCUGGAAUAUACUAAUAGAUACUUCUACGAUACUUUUACAGUAUAACAUGAGUUUACUCCACAACAGGGGACUUCUACAAUUACUUGUACUGAAAGAGAGUUACGCUAAUUGAUGAAAUUCUUUAUUACUUACAGAUGAGGUGGGUGUACGACACAUAGCUGCCUGCAGAGCUAACAUUUGUCUCUUUCCCAGCUCGAGACGCAGCUGCUGACAGUGUAACAUGUGAUCAUUAAGGUUCAGGUAAAUACAACUGAUGUAUCCGCUGUUGAAUCUGUUACAUAGGCUGCACAAUACAGCCCUUUCUUGGGGUUGCAUGGUGAUAUCUUCUUUCCCAAAGUGCCUUAAACCACAAAAAGGGCCCUUCAUACCUGUCAGCAAACUUGAUCUAAUCUAUAGUUUAGCAAAAACUGGAUUAAGAGAUUAAAGGCAGUAAUAACUGGAUUAGUUGAGGAUUAUCUCACUUAACCUGCUCAGAGGGCAGAGGAUUUCAGUGUAGAGAUUUGGCAGAGCGAUGUGAUUAUUACAUAAUAUUAGCAUUUGUAAACCACCUUUUCUCUCCUCGGACAUCAGGGAGGGCAAAUGUGCUGCACAAUUAUAUGACAUGUGUGAAAUGUGAAUGUGUGUGUGUGGUGAGAUAAUGUCAGGUGCACUGACUUGAUGACUUAAACUGACUUUAAUUUUCUGUUUGUGACUGAGGCUGUGCAAAGCGUGCGUUGUUAACAUUCCUAAUGUUGUGACAUGAAAGAACAUGGCAUUUAAAUAUUAUUUUAUCUCAGAUUUAGUGUUUUUGUCUUGUAUGUUUUAAUCUGUUGUUUUGUU